GCUCCGCUCGCGCCAUGCACCCGCUCCGCGCAAUUACAUAAUCCAAAAACAAUCCAAAACCCACAGUGCUUGUGCAGGAACCGCCAGUGGACUGUGUCUGUGAGUGUCAAUGCGGAGAACCAACAUCCACUUAUAGGUAACGCAUCCAACGCCGAACCUUUCGUUUCACAUCACUAUUCGGCCCAAGAAAUGAAACGGAAAAGGUGUACCCCCAUCACCUCAGGCGUCGUAUAGGUCGUCCGUCUCGCUCUUAGCCAUGCCGGACGACGUCACAACAAUGCGCUACGUGCUCUUCUGUCUGCUGUCUCUGUCCCUCAACAGGAACCUCGCGUUUGUGCUCGACAAGCAAAACCCAUACUCCCAGUUCCGCAAAUGGAACGCGGCGUUGAACGGCACACUCGAAUUGGAGUUCAAAACGGACCAACCAAACGGUCUAUUGCUGUACACAGAUGACGGAGGCACUUACGACUUUUUUGAGCUGAAGUUGGUGAAUGGGGCGCUCAGAUUGAGGUACAACUUGGGCGGGGGAGCUCAGAUCAUCACGGUUGGGAGCAACCUCAACGAUGGACACUGGCACAAAGUUCAAGUGGCAAGAAGAGACGAGCACACGUCUCUCGCAGUGGACGGGGCGACCCAGAGCAAAGUGUCCCGCGGCAAAGAGUUCGUUUUCGGCAAGUUCACCACCAACUCCGACGUCUUCGUGGGCGGCAUACCACCUUCGUACAACUCCAAGCUGACAACUCUAGCGCUACCGUCGGUGAUCUUCGAGCCCAAGUUCCGAGGGGCUGUGAGGAACCUGGUCUACUCCGACUUGCCUGGUCAGCCGCCGAGGAGGCAGGAGCUGAGGCAUUCCAGGGACUUGAAGUCGUCCCGCAUCGGCAACGCGAGCGGGGAUGCGUGCGAGCGCCGGGACCCGUGCCAGCACGGCGGCGUCUGCAUCAGCACCGACGACGGACCCAUCUGCGAGUGCCGCGACGGGGACUAUGAGGGCGCCUUCUGUGAACGAGAUAGCGGCAAGGUUUACAAGGUCUCUGAAGCACGCGAAUGUCUUUUUAGAAGGCAAAAAGUCGCGACUAAAAUAACGAAGUUAGAAUCGCAGGUUAUUGCUCCUUUGCCUGAAUCGUCCCGCAUCGGCAACGCGAGCGGGGAUGCGUGCGAGCGCCGGGACCCGUGCCAGCACGGCGGCGUCUGCAUCAGCACCGACGACGGACCCAUCUGCGAGUGCCGGGACGGGGACUAUGAGGGCGCCUUCUGCGAACGAGAUAGCGGUAAGGUUCUGGUCAGGUCUCUGAAGCACGCGAAUGUCUUUUCAGAAGGCAAAAAGUCGCGACUAAAAUAA